UAAAUAAUAUAUCCUCUCCUGCCUCCCUAAUUAUCCCCACAGAUUUAAUAUGCUGUAAACCGCUUUGAGAUUUAUCUUUAAAAUAUAAAGUGUUAUAGAAAUUUAAAUAAAUGAAAUAGCUCAUGGUUUGGGCUGUGGUGCAGUCCAGACCUGGUUCCCUCCAAGACUCAUCCAUGCUUGCUCAGGGAACCUUUUUCUUCUCCUGAUAUUAGACAACUUUUGUAACUGAACAAUGUAUUUGCUUUGUAGGAUUUGCUAGUGCCUCUCCUUAAGACAGACAGAACUUGGCAGACGACCAAAGGGUUCCUUCCGAUCUCUCAGAGGCUUCCUGAGAGCACAGAUGGAUGAGCGAUACUCAGCUGGCCCUGGAACAGGAAGAGGCCAUGCCAUCCAAACUGGGAGCAGUGGGGGGUUCUGGGAAAACUCUGUGCAGAAGAUCCUGGGUGAGGAGGACACCCUCCACUCAGAGGGGCAGAGCCAGCAGUUGAGGCAGUUCUGCUGCCAGGAGGCCAAAGGACCCCAAGAUGUUUGCAGCCGACUCUACCACCUUUGCCAUCUGUGGCUGAAGCCAGAAAGGCACACAAAAGCUGAGAUGCUGGACCUGGUGAUCUUGGAGCAGUUCCUGGCUGUCCUUCCCCCAGAGAUGGAGAGCUGGGUGAGGGACUGUGGAGCGGAGACCAGUUCCCAGGCAGUGGCCCUGGCCGAAGGUUUCCUCCUGAGUCAGGCGGAGGAGAGAAAGCAGGUGAGAGAGACUUUCCUCUGGAUACUCCCAAGGGGCUCCAAACAGGAAAGAGAACAUCCCAUAAUGCUCUACUGAUGGCUCAUAUUUUUUUUCUGGGAAGGCAUCCAUGGAAUGAGAUCUGUCACCCUUGAAGCCGUUGGCCCUGACAUUCAUUUUUUAAUCCUUCUCCCCAUUCUCUCAUUAGAAUCCUUUUUCU